CGCAGAUCCCGAGAGCCGCUCAGCUGACGGAGGAGCCUCCUGCUGCAGGAUGAGUCCGGUUCUCCUGUCGCUCCUGUCCGUCCUGGUCGACGCUCAGCUGCUGUCCGGCGCUCAGAUGUACGGCAGCCUGCAGUCCCCAAACUUCCCGGAUCCGUACCCCCCAGAGACGGAGCUGCGCUGGAACAUCAGCGUCCCGGACGGCUUCCAGGUCAGACUCUACUUCAGCCACUUCGACCUGGAGCCGUCCUACCUGUGCGAGUACGACUACGUCAAGGUGGAGGCGGAGGGGGAGGUGCUGGCGUUGUUCUGCGGCAGAGAGGACACGGACACGGAGGCGGUGCCGGCCCAGCAGCUCAUCACCUCCCCCAGAAACUCCCUCGGCGUCCGCUUCACCUCCGACUUCUCCAACGAGGAGAGAUACUCCGGAUUCCUGGCUCACUACAGCGCUGUGGAUGUGGACGAGUGCAUCGACCGGAGCGAUGAAGACCUGCUCUGUGAUCAUUUCUGUCACAACUACAUCGGAGGAUUCUACUGCUCCUGUCGCUAUGGUUACCUGCUGCACUCAGACAACCGCACCUGCAGAGUGGAGUGCAGCGACGGUGUGUUCAGGGAACGCUCCGGGGUUCUGAGCAGCGUGGAUUUUCCCUCUCCCUACCCAAAGAGCUCAGAGUGUUUGUACCGGAUCGAGGUGGAGCCGGGCUUCAAGCUCCGCCUCCAGUUUGACCCUCGCUUCGACGUGGAGGACCACCCCGACGUCAGCUGCCCCUACGACUACGUCAAGAUCAAAGCAGGCAGCAGUGAGUUCGGUCCGUUCUGUGGUGAUCGAUCUCCAGGAGAGAUUCAGACCAACAGCAGCGUCGUCAGCGUCGUCUUCCACAGCGACAACUCGGGAGAAAACAUCGGCUGGAGGAUCACGUACACAAGUACAGGAAGUCAGUGUCCGGUACCUGAAACCCCGCCCCACGCCCUGCUGAACCCUGUCCAAUCAGAAUACUCCUUCAGAGACCACAUCCUGGUCAGCUGUGAGCCUGGAUACAGACUGCUGAAGGACGGAGACUUUCUGGAUCAUUUGCAGAUGGACUGUCAGUCUGAUGGGACGUGGAGCAGCAGCCCUCCUGGCUGUCAGAUGGUGGAUUGCGGGAGUCCGAAGGCGGUCGCCAUGGCUGACGUGGUGUUCGGUAGUCAUGACAACAGCACGCUGUUUGGAUCGACAGUUCACUACGUCUGCAGGGAGGACGGCAGCAACAGUUCAUACAGCUGUGGUCCGAGCGGAGACUGGAUCAACGAGGAGUCGGGAAGCAGACUGCCGAGCUGCCUGCCGGCCUGCGGCCGUCCGUCCCGCUCUCUCCCCCUGCAGGUGAAGAGGAUCGUGGGCGGUCGCAGCGCCGAGCCCGGCCUGUUCCCCUGGCAGGUCCUGCUCAGUGUGGAGGACCUGUCCCGGGUCCCGGAGGACCGCUGGUUCGGCUCCGGGGCCCUGCUGUCCGAGUCCUGGGUCCUCACGGCCGCCCACGUCCUGAGGUCCCAGAGGAGGGACACCAGCGUCGUCCCCGUGGCCCCUGAACACGUCAAGGUUUUCCUCGGCCUCCAUGAUGCUGGGGACCGACGUGUCGCCUCCAACCGCUCGGUGGAGCAGAUCCUCCUCCAUCCAGACUUCCAGCCCAACAACUACAACAACGACAUCGCCCUGCUGAAGCUGACCAAGCGGGUGGAGUUCACUGAGCUCAUCCGUCCCGUGUGUCUCCCCCCACCUCACAACAAGGAUGACCCCCCCUCUCCUCUCCCAAACUCUUUGGGUGUAGUUGCUGGUUGGGGAAUCUCCAACCUCAACACCUCCUCCUCCUCCUCAGUCGACCCCCCCAGGCUGACCUCUGACCUCGGGAUGACCUCUGACCUCCUGCAGUACGUGAAGCUGCCAGUGGUGUCUCAGAAUGAGUGUCAGGCGAGCUACGCCUCGCGCUCCGUCAGCUACAACAUCACCGACAACAUGUUCUGCGCCGGCUUCUUCGAGGGCGGGCGGGACACCUGCCUGGGGGACAGCGGGGGGGCGUUUGUGAUGGAGGACGGGGUCAGCCAGAGGUGGGUGGUGUUUGGGUUGGUGUCGUGGGGCGGGCCGGAGGAGUGCGGGAGUCAGAGGGUGUAUGGAGUCUACACCCGCGUGGCUAAAUAUGUGGAGUGGAUCGAGAAGCAGCUUCAUGCUGCCCCCUGGUGACCAAGGCAGGAAGUACGUCUGAUCACAUGAUCAGUCUGACGGUAUCUAAGUACUCCAGUACUGUGCUUAAGUACAAAUCUGAGGCACUUGUACUCCACUUGUGUAUCUUAUCUCAGAGGUAAAUAUUGUACGUUUUACUCCAAUACUUUUGUCUGACAGCAGUUAUUUGUCAGAUACGUUACAGUUUGUUUGUGUGCGAAUGAAUAAUUUCACCAAAGGCCUGAACAUCAACACACUCCAGUUUCUAUCCCACAAUCCUUUGCUCUACACUCCCUGUGGAUUAUUUCUUGACUUGCGUCAUCUGUCUGUGCUGUGUGUGUGUUCCUGCUCUGCAGAGGAUGUGCCUUUUACAUUUAAAUGACUGUGCGUUGUUUCCUCUGGCGCCCCCCUCAGGACAAACCGUACAUGUUUUUCUCCUCAUGAGUUUGUGUACUGUACUGAACUGUGCAGCCAGUAGGGGGCGCUGUCUAUUGUUGACCAACUGGAAGAAGAUUCAGAGACUCAGAUUUUUAACUGCUUUAGAUGUAAACUGAGCCUCAUUAGCAGAUAUAUAUCUCUAUACAUAUUUUAAAAAUGAUAUGUAUUUGAAAUGUGUUACUUUAUUAUCUCCAUCUAACUACUGU